GACGCCGGGUAGAAGGGCCCGAAGGGGGCGGGCGGAGCGGGGGCUCUGAGCCGCGGGCCUGGGGGGCCCCGUGGCGUCCCGAGCCCUGCGCGGGCAGAUAGCGAGGGCGGGGCGCUUAUCCGCCUCCCCGUUGAGCGCCAGCCGGAGGGCCCGGAGACCUCUCCCUCCGGUUCCCUCGGCCCCCUCGUGGGUGAGUCCUGGGCCCUCGGCGGGGACCUCACUGGCCCGAACUCGUCCGCCGGCUCUGCCAUAGUUUCCCCAGAAGCAGCUUCCCAAUGGGCCGGACCGUGGUCGUGCUGGGCGGUGGCAUCAGCGGCUUGGCCGCCAGUUACCACCUGAGCCGGGCCCCCUGUCCCCCCAAGACCCUUUACCCUGCGACAAUAGGCCGUGCAGCGUGUCUCCCUCCUGUCCCCAGGUGGUCCUGGUGGAGGGCAGCGAGCGUCUGGGAGGCUGGAUCCGCUCGGUCCGAGGGCCAGGUGGCGCUAUCUUUGAACUUGGACCUCGAGGAAUUCGGCCGGCCGGAGCCCUGGGAGCCCGGACGCUGCUCCUGGAUGUAUGGAGAGCAGGUUUCUGAGCUUGGCUUGGACUCAGAAGUGUUGCCUGUCCGGGGAGACCACCCAGCUGCCCAGAACAGGUUCCUGUAUGUAGGUGGUGCCCUGCAUGCGCUGCCCUCUGGCCUCAGGGGGCUCUUCCGCCCUUCACCUCCCUUCUCCAAACCUCUGUUUUGGGCUGGGCUGAAGGAGUUGACCGCGCCCAGGGGCAAAGACCCUGAUGAGACUGUGCACAGUUUUGCCCAGCGCCGCCUUGGACCUGAGGUGGCGUCUCUAGCCAUGGACAGUCUCUGCCGAGGAGUGUUUGCAGGCAACAGCCGGGAGCUCAGCAUCAGGUCCUGCUUUCCCAGUCUUUUCCAAGCUGAGCAAACCCAUCGUUCCGUUUUACUGGGGCUGCUGCUGGGGGCAGGGCAGAGCCCACAGCCGGACUCAGCGCUCAUUCGCCGGGCCCGAGCUGAGCGUUGGAGCCAGUGGUCACUGCGUGGAGGGCUGGAAACGUUGCCCCAGGCCCUUAACACACACCUGACUAGUAGGGGUGUCAGUGUUCUCCGAGGCCAGCCUGUCUGCGGACUCAGCCUCCAGGCAGAAGGGCGCUGGAAGGUGUCUCUAGGGGACAGCAGUCUGGAGGCAGACCACGUGAUUAGCGCUGUUCCAGCUUCAGUGCUCAGCAGGCUGCUCCCCGCCCAGGCUGCACCCCUGGCUCGCGCCCUGAGCACCAUCCCUGCCGUGUCUGUGGCCGUGGUGAACCUCCAGUACCAAGCAGCGCGUCUGCCCGUGCAGGGAUUUGGACAUUUGGUGCCAUCCUCAGAAGACCCAGGCGUCCUGGGAAUUGUGUAUGACUCAGUUGCUUUUCCUGAGCAGGACGGGAGCCCCCCUGGCCUCCGAGUGACUGUGAUGCUGGGAGGGUCCUGGUUACAGACGCUGGAAGCCAGGGGCACUGUCUUAUCUCAGGAGCUGUUCCAACAGCAGGCACAGCAAGCAGCGGCCGCCCAGUUAGGACUAAAGGGGCCACCAAGUCACUGCUUGGUCCACCUUCACAAGAACUGCAUCCCCCAGUAUACACUGGGCCACUGGCAAAAACUGGAGGCAGCGACCCAGUUCCUGGCUUCUCAGAGGCUGCCCUUGACUCUGGCCGGAGCCUCCUAUGAGGGGGUUGCUGUCAAUGACUGUAUAGAGAGUGGACGCCAGGCAGCAGCCCGGGUCCUGGGCUCAGAGCCUAACAGCUGAUCCCCAAUUUCCACCUCCUCCUGGCCCUGCUGAUGGCACCUCUUUACCCACGAAAAUAAAAGUUGCUGGAGCUUG